UGAGGAAAAAGAAAAAAAAAAGUUUGUGAAAUUGAAUAAUCCAAUGAUAUGAUGAAGUCGAAAGAGGUGAUGAAGAGGAAGUACUUAGGAGUCCGGCGUCGGAAGUGGGGGAAGUGGGUGUCGGAGAUUCGGAUUCCGGCCACCGCGGAGCGUCUUUGGCUAGGCACCUACGCCACCGCGGAGGCGGCCGCCGUCGCCCACGACGUUGCUUAUAUUUGCCUCAGACAACCCACGACGUUAGAUAAGUUGAACUUCCCCGCCGCUACGUUGACGGCGACGGCCGGCGUUCCACGAGGGAUGUCUCCGGUGGCCGUUCAGAAGGCCGCCUCCGAUGCCGGCAUGGCCGUCGACGCCACCACCAAAUUUAAGGAGAUCAGUGUUGGUGAAAACCCAAAUUUCUUCAUGCAUGGGAAUUGAAUGAAUGAAUUUUAAUUUAGAAUUAUUGUUAUAUAGUGAUGAAAUUGUAUUUUGUUUCUUAGUAUCUUUAUCAAAGUAUAUUAAGAAUGAUAAGGCGGCUCGAUUUAUCCGGUA